AUGGAUGUACAUCGGCGGUCUGGGGCCGUGUUUGGGGGUGCAGAAGGGGGGGGUCCCCUCAAGACACAGAAGACCACGCCUCCCGAGAGGAAGCAGCAGAAACAUCAGAGUGAGUGGAUCCUGGCGGAGCGCAGGGAAGGCUUCAUGUCCAGUUGUGAACCGCACGUCCAGGCCGAGACCCAGAGCCCCCAGCCCAGCUCCUUGGAGUGCCCCCCGGAGGUGGUGUUAGACCAUGAGGCCCCAGGACCAUCAGCCCCACGGGUGGAUCCCAGCUCCGGGCCGCAGAGUCCUGCUUGCAAUGGAAAGAGAGCGUGGUCGGCAGCCUUCCCGGAGUCGGCCGAGGCGCUGGAUUCGGAGGGCGAGCUGAUGCCGGUGCUGCAGAGGCGCCUGGCCUCCCUGCUGCUGCCAGGGCCGGCCCCCGGGCCCCAGGAGACCUGGGGCGUGGAGUGGCUCUGUGGGCUGAAGAUGAGGCUGAAAAGACAGCGCGCGUCGCCGGUGCUGCCCGAGCACCACGCAGUCUUCGCCAGGCUGCUGGAGGAUCCCGUGGUGAAGCAGUUCCUGGCCUGGGACAAAAACCUGAGGGUGUCUGACAAGUACCUGCUGGCCAUGGUCGUGGCCUACUUCAGCCGGGCCGGCCUCUUCUCCUGGCAGUACCAGCGCAUCCACUUCUUCAUUGCUCUCUACCUGGCCAGCGACAUGGAGGAGGACAACCAGGCCUCCAAGCAGGCCAUCUUUGCCUUCCUGUACGGGCAGAGCCGCGCCCAGCGUCCACUCUUCCAUAAGCUGCGGCUGCAGUUCAUCCGCUCCAUGGGCUGGCAGACGAGGGUCACCAAAGAGGAGUGUGAGGAGAUCCAGGCCUACGACCCGGAGCUGUGGGUGUGGGGGCGGGAUCGCACCCUCGUUCCCUAG